AUGAGCACUCUGGAUGUAAUUGGGGUUCGGAUUCCUGAGUGCUUUGAACAUUGUCUUGUAAUCUUGUGGGUUGUGAGGUUUUUGAGCAUUUCAUUUCAUUCCAUUGGGUUAAGAGUUGGAAUGGGGGUCGUAGAGACGACGAAGCAUUUGGAAUCAUCGAGAAUAAUUGCUCCGCUGGAUGUAAGUCAUUCUGAGGAAAGACUGGGACAAUUUACCAUGGAAGAUGGUGAGUUCUUUUUCCAUACCAAGUCACCUAAGUUCAAGAGGCAGAUAGUAUCUGCUGUUCGUGAUUUCCCCCUGGGUUGUGGACGAUUUGCUCGUUUGAACUCUUUGAGACAUGCUAAGGAUGCCACUUCUGUGGGUACUUCCGACAGUGUACCAACAGAAAGUUUGGUUAGUGGGGGCAAAAAUGUUGAUGGACAUCGUGGGGUUGAAAAGCUGAUGCUCUCAAAUGGUCAGGGAGACAAGACUGACUUGAUGAAUGGUAAUGAUGUGGAUUCUGUGGAGACAGUUGAAUCAGUAAGCGCCUUGGAGCAUGAAAACUCUGAUUCUCUGAAGACUCUACUUCAGUUAAACAAUUUGAGACCUGUUGAAAAGGCAGCUUCUGUUGGUUCUGCGGAGAGUUUGAUCAGCAGGGAUACUAAUGUUGAUGGAAAAAGGGUUGAAAACUUAACUGACCAUGUGCAUGAGACUGACUUGAUGAAUGGUAAGGCUUCUGGUACUGUGGAGAUGAUUGUACCUGUGACAGAUUUGGAGCAUGAAGCAUCUGAUUUGCUGAAGAGUAUGCAUCAGUUGUCAAACAAUUUGAGACCUGUUGACAAGGUAGCUUCUGUUGGUACUGCUGAGUAUUUGCUGAGAAGGGUUAAGAAUGGUGAUGGACAGGAGAUUGAUAAGCUGAUGGUGUCAACUGGUCAGGUGGAUGAGACUGUCUCGAUGACUGGUACGGCUUCUAGUACUGUGGAGACGGUUGAAUCUUUAACGGCCUUACAGAAUGAAGUAUCUGAUGGGUUGAAGAACCCAUGUCAACUUGGCGUGGCUGCUCCAAAGGAAGAGAUGGUUGCUGAUCUUUCAGAUAGAAAUUUUUGUAAGUUUGGUCAAGUGAAUUCGUGUAUGGGUGAUGAACCAUCACAAUCGAACACAGCAAAGACUAGUGUAAAACAAAUAAGAGAGGAUUUUCAAGAAGAGUUUCAUAAGAAUGAAUUGGGAGGGAAUGUUUCUGAAGUUAUUAGAGACAAGGUUCAACCUAAAUGCAAGGGGCAUGCUGUACAAGAAAUGGAGAGACAAGAUAAAUGUAAACCAAGUUAUAAGCCGAAGGUGGUUUGGAAAGAUACAAGAGAAAAGUGCGUUGAGAAAAGUCCACAAGAAAGUUCACAACUUCCGUCGAAUAGGGUAAUUGUGCUGGCUUUGAUGGCUCCGUCAAAUUCUCAAUUUAGGAAGGGGAGAAGGGUCAGCAAGCAUAUACCAGAUGGUGGUAUGAGUGAAGGAAACGAAAGAAACUUCAUCUUAAAUGUUAGCUAG